AUGUCCAAGCUGUCGUUCAGAGCCCGCCAUUUGGAUCCGUCCAAGCAGAUGCCCAUCUACUUGGCGGAGGAGCUGCCCGACCUGCCCGAGUACUCAGCCAUCAACCGGGCGGUGCCGCAGAUGCCAAGUGGCAUGGAGAAGGAGGAGGAGUCGGAACACCAUCUGCAGCGGGCAAUAUGCACGGGCCUGAUCAUCCCCACGCCCGAGGUGCUGCAGACGGACCAGCCCUUCUACGAUGCCUACUAUCCGCCGGACUACAAGAUGCCCCGCCAAAUGAUCCACAUGCAACCUCUUGGGCUGGAUACCGAGGUCCCUGACUACGACAUGGACAGUGCCGAUGAGGACUGGCUCAGUCAGCAGCAGCGCCUGGAGCUCACCGAACUGAAGUUCGAGCAGAUGAUGGACCGGCUGGAAAAGAGCUCCGGCCAAACGGUAGUCACGCUGAACGAGGCCAAGUCGCUUCUCAACCAGGACGACGAGACCAGCAUAUCCGUCUACGACUACUGGCUGAACAAGCGCCUCAAGAUGCAACACCCGCUGAUCCUCACGGUGAAAACGGAGAGUCGACCCGGCGCCAGCUCCAACAAUCCGUAUCUGGCCUUUCGGCGACGUACCGAAAAAAUGCAAACCCGCAAGAAUCGCAAAAACGACGAGGCAUCCUACGAGAAGAUGCUCAAGCUGCGACGCGACCUGCAGCGCGCCACCACUAUACUGGAGAUGGUGCGGCGACGCGAGGAGACGAAGCGCGAUCAUCUCAAGAUGACGGUGAACAUCUUCGAGAAGCGCGUUGAAAUGCGCGACUUCAACGGUGCUGUCUACUCGGAGCUGAAUUCUCAGUACAAGAACACAAGGCCCGCGUAUAAUCCACUGUAUGCGAAUCAAUACUCACAAGGGGCGGCGGCGGUGGGAACGGCUGGUGCCAUUCUGGCCGCCCUGCCCACGGGUCUGCUGCCGAGCGGUGUUGGAGCGGCGGGCAAUGCGAAUGUCUUUGGCUCAGCGUCGCAGUACCUGAAUACGUCGAAUCUGACCAUGGACUCCAUCAACAGUGGCGGUGGCAACGGGAGCAGCAGUCGCAAGGAGAAGCGUCCCUACAAAAAGCGCAAGCACAAACUGCCCCGCGACAAGCAGCAGCACCAGCAGCAACCGCCGCAGCAGCACCAACAGCAGCAGCAACAACAGUAUUUGCCGGCUCUGCCGGCGGCUGGCGGCGCCGGAGUCUCGCCCGCGCACCACCUGCCCCACCAUCUGCACCACCUAAGCAGGCAGCAGAGCGCCUCGCCGGCGGCCAACGACUCGAUCGCUGACAGCGAGGAGGAGGACUACUUCGGCGCCGGUGCCCAGAAUGGCAACAAGCUGGGCUCCGAGAGCGAGGAGGAGACGCCGUUUGCAUUUAGGCGCAGGUCGAGCUGUAUUUACCUGCCGUCUCGUCACCAAGAUGGUCGCUAUCCGUUUGAUUCGGCCGACGAGGAGAUGGCGCCCAGUGGAGCUUGCUCGGAUGCCAAAUACCGUUACACACUGACCUCCCUUAAUUAUCCCAGGCCACGCUGCAUCGGCUUCGCGCGUCGUCGAAUGGGUCGUGGCGGUCGUAUCCUCCUAGACCGGGCCACAACGAAUUUCGACGACUUCUGGUCGCAGCUGGACUACACGGUGAUGGAGAGCGUUGUGGUUGAUAAAUUUGGCGACAAACUCAAGCAGGAGGAUCCCGAGCAAUUGUGCAAGCCUAGUUCGCCGCCCACGGUGGUGGAUCUGGUUCCCGCCGGAAAACCCGUUGAGGGUGAGCUGCCAGCCCCGGAUCUGAUAAAGGUGGAACCUCCCAGCGAUGUGGAGAAACCUGCAGCUGGAGUGGAAUCUGGCCAGGAGAGCAAAGAACUGGAGCUCGAGGAGAGAUCUGAGAUCGAAGUGGAGGAUGAAUACCUGGCCACUGAAGAUGAGAAUGUGUCACGGCUGGGAAUCUACAGCUCAGCGGUUACGUUACCCCAAAGUUCGAUAGAUCUUCGCCAGAAACGCCGCCGUCUGCGUCGCAAGAAGCAACAGUUGCGAGAACUAAAUGCAGCCAAGCGUCUGAAGAGAUCCUCGGAAGCGGUAGCGACGGCUGGGGAAGUUGAACUGGAGGAGGAGGACACUAAACCAGCAUUGGGUCCUCUGCCCAGGGCCUACCUUCAGCGUUUGGCAUUGGUUCUCGGUCAAAAACUCAAAAAGGAAGAGGAUAAGGAAGUUUGCGAGAAUCUGGCACCAGAGCUGCUGGAUAAGAAUGAUAAGGAGCAGUUGCAGCCUCCGCGAGCCAAUCAUCAGCAGCACCACCGUUCCAACAACAACAACAACAAUACCGUGUUGAACAACAACAACAAUAGUAGUAGUAGUAGUAACGUUAUGAAUAAGGAUGUUAGCAUUAGCGAAAAAAUCAAUGUGAUAAAGCAGGAGGCGGAAGAGAUAGUCGGCGUCGAAGGCCAGGAUCAGCCGGUGGCUUCCACCUCGGCCGCAGCGGCGGCCGCACGUGCCGCUGAAGCAGCCGCUGCAGCGGAGGCAGCCGCGUCGACGGGCACGCUUGCGACCGCGAAUGCGGGACCCUCGCUGGAGGAGGUGGCCAAGACGAUAAAGCGCGAACUGAUCGAUGCCGACGACUCCAACGAGCCGCUGAGCAUCAUUCGUACAGCAGCUGUCCUACAGUCUUCGCAACCCGAUCCCGAACUCAUGGACGACGAAGCGGAGGACGAUGUCAAUCUCGCCCAGCUGAGCAGCAUUAUCCGGCAUACGGCGGUUAAAAAGGAACUGGAGGCCCAGCAGCAUCAGCAACAGGUGGAGCAUGAGCAGAUGCAGGCCGCCAGGCGCAUGGAGGAGGAUGAAGCCGUUCCCUGUCUGAACCAGCUGCCGGAUGUGAUUCGCCUGCGAAAUCUGCGCAACAGCCAAUUGCAUGCGAGGCCCAAGGACCUGUUUAUACAAGCUCCUGUCGAUGAUGAAUUCAAUGCGGACUACUUGGGUGGACUGUCGCCCACCUCCAGCCAGCGACUGGACAUAUGCAAUGAGCUGCUCUCGGAGAUCCGGCGUGAUUGGCUGCACUUCAGGCCUAAAACACCCACAGAUGAGCUGUCCGAUAGCGAGGAUUGCGAAGUGGGCAAGUCCUGUGAUAGUCACGCUGUAGACUGGACUCAGGACACGCCCAUAAGUGUGGAACUCAAUCGGUUGGGCAAGCGAGAAGCGGAGGAAUCCGAUUCCAACUCGUACUUCCUGAGUAGCGGCUUUAAGUACACGGAUCUCGAGUCGGAUGCCCAGCUGCUGCAGACGGUGCAAGUCCAGGAGUUCGCCCGCGGCAGCAGCAAGAGCCCCAACUGCUCAGGAUCGGGCUCGGGAUCUGCUCUGGAGUUCAACCUGAGUGGCGGCGACUCACUAAACGAUAUCAACAACCUGUUGGGCGACGAUGACGAAGACGACAACCACGAGCAUAUGCUAGACAACAUCCUACAGGAGUGCGCCAUGGAUGAUCCCAAGGCAUUGAACCAGGCCACUAGCUUCUGGAACGGCAUCCUGGAUGGUGAGGCAGCCGUGGACGAAGUGGAAAUCGCCGAUCAGUUGCUGGAUUGUAUAGAUGAAAAGAAACCCAAGGUGGGUGCUGCUGAUUCAUCAAAGCGCGCAGGCCGCAACCGCAAGACGAAAUUGGCUCUAAGCCCGGUGGGAAGUUCCGCGUUUACAGUGUGUCCCACGGCGGAGUCGAUCAAGGAGCGUGAGCUCUUCUUCAGCCAAGCCCCACCAGUUGUGGUGACGCCCAAAGAGGAACCUCCUGCGGAAGUUGAACAGCCUGAAGUGGUGGCCAAGGAAGCAGUGAUUUUGCCUGUAAAGGUUGAGGCGGUCGAGAAACCCCAGGGAGAGAUCGUUCCUGUCGCUCCGCAGGCACAACAGCUGCCACCACAAGCCAUUGCUCUGCCCACGACGCAGCUGAUCAACAUACCCGCCCAGAUAACCACGCAGAAGCAGCAACAGCAGCCGCAGGUGACGCAAUUGCUCAAUCAGUUCGCCAACGCCGGUCCGCAGAUCAUCGCACGCACGGAAUACGGCGGAGGAGCAGCCGUGGGCGAUAUAGUGACAAUCACUCCGCACACGGGAAGCAGUCCGCUGCCCACGCUCACCGCUCAGCAGCAGCUGCAACACCAGUUGGCGCAGGCUCAACUCCGGAACGUGACUGUCCAGCAGCGACAGGCGACACCUCAAACCGCCAACCAGAACCAGAAUCCCCAGCAGCAGCAGUUGCUCUUCCAGAUGCAGCGGGAUCCCUCGCGCUCCCUGACGCCUCUGCAAGCUGCCGGCGCUGGCGCCACGGGCAACCAAUUGAUUUACACAACCAGCUGCGGUGAGAUUGUCACAGCAGCAGGUGCGGCGGCGGCAUCCCAAAAGGUCACAUAUGCCAUCCAGAAGGCUGGAGUCACAAGUGGAGGAGCCACCACCGCUUCCAUUGGACCCAACACGGUUAUCACGCUAUCCAAUGUGAAGGUACAGAAUGAUGAUAUCUCCUCGGGCAGCAGCGGCAAUUCGGGAUCUAGUGUGAACAUCAUCAACACUGCCAGUGGCCAGCAGCUAGCCGUGCACAGCAUUGCCGGGAUGCAGCAGCAGGGCCAACAGCAGGUGCAACAGGUGACCACCAGUACGCCCUUGCUUGUCGCCACGCCCACCCGAAACAAUGUGCAGCAGCAACAGCAACAGUUGGUGCAGCAGCAACCGAUUGUGUGGCGCCAGGUGAGCGGGACAAACACGGCGGUGGCCACCACAGCAGUGCUCUCCACAACGGUGGACUCCUCGCCGAAGGCGGUAACCAAUCAGAUCCUCUGGGCCAGCCGAGCCACCCAGAAAAGGCAACUCAACGGACCGGAGAGUACGGACAUCAACAAACUCCUGCUCAAUCGAAAGCUGCCGCGCAAACAACAGAUGCAGCAACAGCACCAGCAGAUCCAGCUGACCAAGCAGCAGCUCCAACAAUUGGUGCAGCACGAGGAACUGGAUGAUCUGGUGGCCACGUCGACGGGCAACAGCAGCGAACAGAUGGACACGAGUGACGGACUGACGCAGCAUCAACAACUACAACAACUACAUCAGCAUCAGCUGCAAAAGCUCAGCAAGGUGAUCAAGAUGUCACAGUUCCCGCUGCUCGUAUCGGAUGUCAAUCUGCAGCAGCAACAGCCGGUCUCUGGUCAGGGACAGCAGCAGCAACUAAAGCCGAACUCGGCGGCAGCGAUAGCAGCCAAUCACAACUACAGUCUGCACCCUGCCUCGACGGCAAUCAUCACCGCCCAGGCAACACCCCAGCAGGCCAACAAGAUCUUCCUGACCAGCAGCAACAGCGGAGGCGGCGGAUCAGCUGGCAACUUUACCAUCGCCACAGCCAGUGAACAGCAAGCGGCGGCGGCUGGCCAAAAGCUGCACUACAAGGAGCUGCUCAAUUCCAAUCUGAAGCUGAACUUUGUCAGCAGCGCCGGCACGGGUGAGCUACUGAACAAAGCCCAACAGCAGCAGCAGCAGCAACAACAGCAGCAUCAGAAGCUUAAGACGUUGGCCACAACGGGAAAUUCCCAACCUGGCCAGGGAGAUAAGCGUGUGCUCUACACGAGUCUGCUGAAUGUGAAACCGCUGCAAAAGAACAACAGUGGCCAGAUGCAGAUGCAACUUGGUGGACUGCAGCAGGUGCUACGCGGACGUCUCAACAAUUCGGCGAUUAUAACUAGAACCCUUCCUCUGGGCACCACUGUGAACAGCACAGGUGGUGCUGGAGGACCCACCACCACUACCAUUAGGCAGUUGGUCAGCACGAAUGCGAACAAUGUGAGCACUCAGGAUGGCAGUCUGCUGAGUGCCAAGGAUGUGGGCAAAGCAUUGACCGUGGAGCAGGUGAUAGCCAGUGCCAACAAUGGCGGAGUGGUGCUGCCUACGAGUAACAACAACAACAAUAACAAUAAUGGCAGUGGAGCGGGCGGAAAUGGAGGGACUUUGAGCAGCGGUGUGAAUGCCACGGGAUCUGGCGGAGGCGGAGGAGCUACUGGCACGGGAGCUGGUGUGACGUCCACCAUCAACAGAUGAGACGCGGACGGCAGCAGAAGCAGCAGCUAACAUCGAGUGCAACCCUUGCAACAACCGCCCAGCGGCACUUCGCUCAGUUUGGCAGCAACGCAACCGGAGGCGGAAGCCCAGGCGGUGGCCAUAUCCCUGCCUCUGGC